ACAGUCAACAUGGAACAGUGUUUGCGAUUUGCCGGGAUUGUUUUGCUUUUAUCAGGAGGUCAACAUUUCAUCCAAUCAGUUUACAGCCAGUGCGACGGAGAGUGCGUACCAAUAGGAAAAUGCAAGAAUAAUAAUUUUGGUGGAACAGACAUUUUCAAUAUACGACUUGGUGGCGAUGAAAGUGCGGAAUCUGAUUGUAACCACUACUUAGAGGUGUGCUGCGACAAAGACAAAGUUGUUAGUGAGAUCGUAGAACCUCCAGCAAGCCCUGGUAUCGGUGGCACUCUCGAACGUGGUCCAACAGAAUUCAAUGACUGUGGAAACCGCAAUGUGGAUGGAGUCGGCUUCCGUGUACAAUCAAAUGACGGGGAAUCACAGUUCGGUGAAUUUCCGUGGGUAGUGGCGUUGUUUUCCCAGCAACAUGACGAUGCCGAUGAUAUGAACUAUUUUUGUGGUGGCUCUUUGAUCGAACCGAAUGUAGUCUUAACUGCUGCCCAUUGCGUAAAGGAUCGACUGGGCGAAAAACUCGUCGUUCGUGCUGGAGAGUGGGAUAUGAGAACCACCUAUGAGACUUUGCCUUAUCAGGAACGCAAUGUGACCCAAGCUAUCAUUCACGAAAAUUACGACGCCAAGUUCCUGUUUAAUGACAUAGCGCUACUGAUUUUGGAAAUGCCUUUCGAAGCCGAUGAAAAUGUGCAGUUGAUUUGUUUGCCACCGUCGGGAAUGGUUUUCGAUGAUGAACAAUGCAUUGCCACUGGCUGGGGUAAGGAAAAAAUCAACUCACCGAGCAACCAAGUGAUACUGAAGAAGGUCAAACUGCCGAUGGUUUCCAAUGAAGACUGUCAGGCUGCACUGAGAACGACUCGACUUGGAAAACGUUUUCGUCUGCAUGGUUCUUUUAUCUGUGCAGGUGGUGAAGAGGGAAUUGACACCUGCACGGGCGAUGGCGGUUCACCGUUGAUGUGUCCGAUGCUCAAUCAAGUAAAACGAUAUUAUCAGGCGGGUAUUGUUGCGUGGGGAAUGGGUUGUGGGCAAAGCAACAUUCCCGGAGUUUACGCAAGAACUACUCUUUAUGUAGACUGGAUAGAAGAUAUACUGUCGGAGAUUUAAUUGAUUUAUUCCUAGUUAUCCAUUGUUUAAAUGUGGUGUUGUAGGGUAAACUGGUUAAAACUAACCACAAUAUCGAGAAAACUCAAAUCUGUAUAAAGAUAAUUCGUGUACUGUGGUUUGUGUUUUCGCUUCAAAUCCCGUUUCCACAUGGAUAUUUUGCUCUCUAAUCUUACAUACGAAACUCAAUAAGGCGCACACAAAUUGCUUAUAUAUGGGCGUGUCGCUCGUCGCUUGCCACUCCUUGUGUAAAGCGCAUUAGGAUCAUUGACAUUCAAACUAAUUUUGUCCGCGGCAAUCUAAGUGACUUUCAUGCUAAAUUUUACCAUUAUCUUCGUGUGAAUAUCUUAAUACAUAUCUUAUUUUCCCAACAAUUGAGAAAAAAAAAUCUGUUUUUAAGCCCAAUAGUUUCUGAAGAUCACUUUAAAGGGGCUUAGCUAGGCACGAAUAAUAGAUUAUAGAAUAGACGAUACGUCAUCAAUAGGUCUAUCAUAAAAUGAUAAAUUUAUUUUUAUCUGCUAUACACUAUUAAAGCUUUGAUCUUCUUCUCUUAGUCGCUCCGUUUUGCUAUCCUAAUCUAUAAUAAUAAAUAAAUAAUAAAUAAU